GAUUUUUUCUUUUUUCGGCUUGAUGUUUUCGUUUGGUUGCUCAGAAAAUGAAGGAAAAAGGGAAUAAAAAAAAAAAAUGAUUCUCUUUCGUUAGACAAAUAUCUGGUGGCUUUUCUACUUGUGUUUUAGAAUUUGUUGUUAUUUGAAGAAUUGAUGUGUUUUUUCUGUGUGAUGUUUUUGUUUGGUUGCUGAGAAAAUGAAGGGUAGAAGAAAAAUAAAUGUUUCUCUUUCGUUAAACAAAUAUGUGGUGCCUUUUUCUACUUUCGUUCCUAGAAUUUGUUGUUAUUUGAAGAAUUGAUGUUUUUGUCCGAUUGCUGAGAAAAUGAAGGAAAAACGAAAAAUAAAUGUUUCUCGUUCGUUAGACAAAUAUCAGGUGCCUUUUCUACUUGCGUUUCUAGAUUUCGAUUGGAUAUUCUGUUUUCAUGCGUAUUUUUUUGUGAUUUUAUAAUUUGUUAUUUUCAAUGGAUGGAUGUGUUUUGCGGCUUGAUGUUUUGUUUAUACGGUAAUUUUUCGCCGAGAAAAUGAAGGAACGGAAAACAAAUGGUUACGGGCGACAGGUUUAUACGAUUAUCGUUUUGUAGUCGUCCUGUUUGUUCAAUUUUUUGUCUGCAGAAGACGCGAUGAUCAUCCAGUUGAUCUUCAUUGCUUAGGCGUUCUCUUAAAAUCCCAGAAGAACAAUCCUUAUACUUACAUCAAAGACAAAUAUGGGCUUGUUUCUAAUCUUGUUGCGGGUCUUCAAUUGCCAAGUGAGGAGAUUCGAGGGGAGAUCAUGUUUGUUCUAUACAAAGUGUCUGUUCUCCAGAAUGCAUCAGUGGAUAGUGAAGGAAUUGAUCUUUUGUUUUCCUUUUGCCCUAAGCUUUUGCGCUUGUCACUGGAAGCCCUUAUAAAGACCCAAAGCGAUGAUGUCCGGUUGAAUUGUGUAGCGCUUUUAACAGUGCUGGCUCAACGAGGGUUUUUUGGAAAUUCAUAUUCAACCGAUUCAAGUAGCAUGGAUUCCUGUGAAGAUGAAACUAAUAGAACGCCUUUGAAUAACUUAUUUGCUGAGGCCAUAAAAGGCCCGUUGCUUUCAACAGACAGCCAAGUCCAAAUCAGCACGGUAGAUUUGCUGUUUCAUUACAUGUCUUGUGAAUGUGCUUCAGGCAAAGAGAUCCAAAUCUUGGUGGAAGAAAACAUUGCAGAUUAUGUAUUUGAAAUCCUAAGAUUGUCAGAAUGUAAGGAUCCAGUGGUCAACCCUUGCCUUCAGGCUCUUGAUCUUUUAUCAACUGCUAAGCAAGCAUUCAAACAGAGGCUUGUUGUUGGAUUUGCAACUUUGAUUCCAGUACUGCAAUAUGUAGCUGGAAUUCCUUUUCAUCCUGGUCAAAGUCAGACACUGAAGCUCAUAUGGAACUGUGUUUCUGAUUGCCCUGGAAUGGCAUCUGCUUCUCAUGUAAAGGAGCUGGUUCUUAUUUUGACAAAGAUGCUUCAAAAGCAUACUGAUGGAGAGAUGGGAAUGAUUCCAGAGACGUUUAUAAUGGCUUGUUCAGUCUUUGUGGCUCUUACAAAAUCUCCCUCUUCUCAUGGAACUUUGGGUCUAACAACAUCAAUUAAGGAAGCAUCCCAAAAUGCAGUUUUAUCUUGUCUAAGUGCCUCCCAAAAAAAUCCCAGCUUACUUUUGCAUUCACUCUACCUGCUUAAAGAAGCAUAUGUCUAUGGCUGUGAAGAGAAUUCCACCAACUCCAGUACUAAAGAACUACAAAAUUGCAUUGUGGAUGUAUGCACGACACAUCUAUUACCUUGGCUUGCAACCAAUUUUAAUGAAAUGGAAGAGGAAAUUAUCCUGGGUGUACUGGAAACUUUUCAUUCAAUAUUGCUUCAGGAUUCUGAUAUACAAGCCAUAUUAUUUGCAGAGACCCUGGUUGCAUCCUCUUGGUUCAGUUUGUCCUUUGGAUGUCUAGGUUUAUUUCCUACUGAAAAGAUGAAAUGUAGAGUAUAUUUGAUGCUUAGUUCACUAGUGGACCUUAUUCUUGGAAAUGAUUCUGGGCAACCCAUUAGAGAUAACGUUUUACAUCUACCAUCUGAUCCCAUUGAUUUGCUCUUUCUUCUUGGGCAAAAGAGCUCCCAUAAUUUGGAAUUUUCAUCUUGUCAAUCUGCUGUUUUGACAAUUUUGUAUACUGCUUCUUUAUAUGAUGAAAGACUUGCAGAUGAUAAGGUGGUGUUAUCUUCUUUGGAACAAUAUAUUCUUGCCAAUAGUAGUGACUUUCAACAUCGGUCCACUUGUUCAUCUACGGUGAUGAGACUUGUCUAUCUUUAUGGCCUUUAUAGGGGCCUUGCCAAGGUAACCUACCAAAUCCUCUACAGUCCAGAAGCAGAGAGGAUCCUAUUCCAGCUACUGAAUGAAACAGAAUGGGAUUUACCUUCUGCUAGAAUUCAUCCGAUAUCAUUAAAAUGGUUGUUCCAACAGGAGAAGAUUUGCAAGCCAUUGUCUGAUCAGAUUCUGAAAUUCUGCAGAAGUAAUAUUUCAAAUUGUUCUACCAUCAAGGACCAUGGAAAGAAUUGCACUGUAAAUGUACAAGCAUUAGCACAGUUAGUAGCAGCAGGAGAUAAUUAUGGGGCAACACUUUUAGUAUGCUUAUUGACACAGAUGGUCAAGGAAGAAGUUCGAGAGCAUGAGAUAAUUUCUUUAAUUAAUCUCAUGACUACUAUUAUUGACAUUUUCCCAGCUGCCUCAGAUCAAUUAAGCUUGCAUAACAUAGCGAAUGCAAUUCAUACUUUUUAUUAUGAAUCAAGCCAUGAAAAGUCGUCACAAAUAUCCAUGGCCAUGCUAGUUUUGAUUUAUGACAUAUUAUGUUCAGUGCAUCCUGAAACUCUUUCUGAUGAUGAGACCUGGCUGGCAGUGACAAUAAAGUUGAUGGACUAUGUCAACACCGAGGCUGUGGACAAGUGGAGUAGUGAUCAUCUCUUUGUGUUAGGAAUUCUUUCAUUAAUUUUGCACCACUCCUGUGACAAAGCAUUUACAGAAACUUCAAAAACCAUUCUUUUCAAUUCUUCUCUGGGAUCGACAAUCAACAGAACCAUUGAUGCAGUAUGUUUGAAGGGGCCUGCUUUGGUUGACCAUGAUGAAGGUUCAAGCACUGGACCAUUAGUAUUUGUGCUGCUGUUAAAUUACUUCGCUUUAAAAAGUUUGCAUGCUGUUCUACCAGGGAUAGUGGAUUGGCAAACAUUCUUUGAUCCUCUAGAUAAGAUGCAGCCACUUUCCUUGAUUUGCAUUCACUGCCAUGCAUUAUGUAGACUGAUGUAUUUUGGGUCUCCACCGAUCAAGCUUGUUUCUUCAUACUGCUUGUUGGAAUUGUUUGCAAGAAUAUCAGAACAGAGAAUAAGAAAACGUGAGGAGUUGAAAUGUACCAUUGAGUACCUAAAGUCUGUGAUGGCGGUAUUAGAAGGCCUAGUUAUUUACAACGACCUUAGGGUAUCUGUGAACUGCGGCCUCUGCCUAUCAAUGAUUCUGGGGUGGGAAAUAAUGGACAUGGAAGAGGCCAGUGUCAUUGGAAAAAAUAGCUGGGGUAGAGUCAUCAUUGAGGAGCUAGUAAUGUCCAUGGCAGUUCCAUGUAUAGCAUCAAAAUCUUUCAUUAGUCAUUACAAGCCUGCAAUUUAUGUAGCUGUUGCUUUGCUAAAACUGCGGAAACAUCCUCAGUGGUUGAAAUCUGUAUUUGAUGACUCCUGCAUAUCUGGCAUAAUCGAAAACCUCACAGCCAGUAAUGUGAGCACAGAGAUUGUAUUAUUAUUCCAAGAACUGCUGAACUCUGAGUUUUUGAAGACAGAACAGCUUGCAACUCUUAAUCGGGUGCUCAAGGCAUGCAGAAAACAUAUGUAUAUUGAUAACAAUGAAGGUGAUUGUGCAAAAGAGCAUAUAAAAAAGGCGGUCACCGUCUCAGAUGAUCUAGAAGAAGUUUUUGCAUAUCUUAUUUACUUGAUGUCAUCUGCGUCAUUUCAAAAUGGGGAUUCUCAGGGUUCACAUUUUGGGAAUAAGAGUCUGUUAGAAGAAAUAGAGAUGUUUUUAAGAACUUCGACAGUGGAGGAUGACAGCUAGGAUAUCAUAUCAUUGGAAGAAAAAAUUUAGUAAUUUUUUUUUUCCAUGGUAAAGGAAGAGAAUUGAAUAAAUGCUGGCGUAGUGCCCUCGUGAGGCAAAAAUAGUAAUGCAAGGUGCUCAACUUUAGGUCAUGAAAAAUCAUAGUUUAGGCUUUGGAAUCUGAUUUCUCUUUCCCUUGAUAAGCUUUUAUGGGCUGCUUCUACUUGUAUACAUCAUAACCUCACAAUCUCUCUUCAUCUUUCACAUAAUACAUCUUUAAAAAAUUAGAAAG